AUGGCUGACGCUGUAAAAGAGCCGUCGCUUCGUGCGGUCCAGAUCGAAGCCCUUGUGGUCAUGAAGAUCAUAAAACACUCCUCCCAAUCGUUCCCGACGACGGCGACAGGAUCGCUACUUGGUAUGGAUGUGAACGGAACUCUGCAAGUGACAAACUGCUUCCCAUUUCCUACGAUCGAUGCCCCUGCGCAGGAUGGUCAUCAACAAGAUUCCUCUUCGAAUGUCGCUGCUGCCGCGCCACGCGCAAAAGCCAAUACCGCUUACCAGAACGAGAUGAUCAAGUAUCUCAGGGAGGUCAAUGUAGACGCGCAGAAUGUGGGAUGGUAUACGAGUACCAGCAUGGGAAAUUUCGUGAACCUGAACACGAUCGAGAACCAAUAUUUCUACCAGAAGGAAAUGAAUGAGAGGACUGUAGCAUUGGUGCACGAUGUCAGUAGGACAUCGCAAGGAAGCCUGAGCCUGCGGGCGUAUCGCUUGUCGCCAGCAUUCAUGACAGCAUACAAGGAGGGCAAGUUCAACACGGAGAGUCUCCAAAAGAGCGGCCUCCGCUACCAAGACAUCCUCGUCGAACUCCCUCUCACAAUUCAUAACUCCCAUCUCUUGACAUCACUACUACACCAACUCCCUUCACAGCCACCCAAGGAGGAGCUCAAAUUCCCACCGAAUCUUGCUGCACUCAACCAUGACCUCAAUACCUCCGAACCUCCUUUGUUUCCGAACUUCGAGUCUCUAGAUCUUUCAAUUGAUCCAUUCCUCGAGAAGACAUGCGACUUACUACUGGAAAGCAUAGAGAACCACCAUACCGAGCUCAACAACCACCAGUACUACCAAAGGUCCCUUGCCCGUGAGCAAGCCAAGAUUACUGCAUGGCAACAAAAGCGCAAGGCAGAGAACCUGGCCCGUGCGGCUUCGAAGCAACCACUACUACCGGAGGAUGAGUAUCAGAGGCUGUUCAAGUUGCCUACCGAGCCCAGCCGGUUAGAAGUGCUUUUGAAUUCGAGGCAGAUUGAGCAGUAUGCCCGCCAGGUCGAUGGCUUUACCGCGACGGUAGAUGCAAAGAUGUUCGCAGUGAAAAACAACUUGCACCCUGGAGAAUAG